AUGCCGAAUCAUGAAGCCAUUCAAGCUGCGUAUGAUGAGUGGGCAAAGGAGUAUCUGAUUCCGUACUAUGCUCCGGGCAACUUUAUCGAAAAGGGUGGCUAUGUGGAUUUGGUGUUGCCGUGGAGUUUGAAGAGUCCUGUGCUUGGGUUUGAAGCAGCUGGUUUUCGUAGAGAGAUCUGGCAGCAAGACAGUGAUGAGGGUGCCACUAUGGACAUGGACAUGCUUGAAAAGGCGUUGGGUACAAUUAGUCCUGUUACGAGGUGGCGAGGGGCACAUCCUGGUGAUGUUGGCACGGAGAGAGAUGCAGCGAGGGUAUUAAGGAGGACACUUGAGAAACUGCUCCGUGAGAAUGGCGUUGAGGAGGUGUUGAGGCAGGAGAGUCCAAAGGUGGUGGUCUUGAUGGUUAAAAAGUCUGCGUCAUAG